AUGUCUAGCGUCGAGACAAAUACUGGGUCGCGAGAUCUGAUGGCAUGGCUAGCCGAGUCACAUUCAGACGGUACUUCGUCGCUCAACCACAGACCACAACUAGCCGAGACGGUUGAUCCGAUGUCCGAUGAGAGCCAACCAGAUUCCGAUGGUCGCGGACUUAACUUUUGGGCCACCUUCGCCGGCUUGUGCAUCAUAGCUUUGCUGAGCUCUAUGGAGGGAGGUAUAAUGUCCACGGCCCUCCCAUCCAUCUCAAGAGCCGUCGAUGCAGAAAGCAGCUACGUCUGGAUUGUCAAUGUAUACUUUCUCACUAGUGCGGCUGUGCAGCCUCUAUACCGUCAGGUCGCUGACAUCUGGGGAAGAAGAUGGCCAAUGCUGUCUUCAGUCAUCAUCUUCGCCGCUGGAUCGGCGAUCUGUGGUGCCGCCAACGAUGCAGCGACUCUUAUUGGUGGGCGAGCAGUUCAAGGACUCGGCGUCGCCGGUAUUAAUACUCUGGUGGAGAUUAUUCUCUGCGAUCUUGUGCCCCUGGUGGAGCGUGGAGAGUUUAUGGGCUUCCUCUUCCUCUCUACCGUUAUUGGGUCCGUGCUUGCACCCUUCCUUGGAGGUUGUAUCGUCGUCGUCGAUGGAGAAUCCUGGAGAUGGGUCUUCUACAUGAACCUGCCAACCUGCGGACUCUGCUACGGCCUUCUCUUCUUUUCCCUAAAGACAACCAAGUGCCCCAGGGACGAAAACAAUUUAACAACACUUCAAAAGCUUAAGAAGAUCGACUAUGACGCUGGGAUCAUUCUCCUAUGUGCGUCAGUCACGUCGCUUGUGUUCCCUCUGGCCCACGGCGGUGCAAAAUACUCGUGGUCGCAUCCAGUCAUUAUCACAACCCUGGUGCUCGGCCUUUUUGGCCACGGCUUAUUCAUUGCCUUUGAGGCGUCGCCCUGGUGCCGCAGCCCCGUGCUUCCCAUGGCACUAUUCCAAAACAGAACUUCCACAGCCGCUUAUGUGCUCGGGAUCGUGCAAACCCUGGUGUCUUGUGGAAUUCUUUACUUUCUUCCGCUGUAUUUUCAGUCGACACUCAACGUCUCCACGUUGACGUCCGCAGUCCUGCUGGUACCCUUUACAACCUCGUUGUGGAUUUCACCCGCGUUUGGAGGUGGCCUCAUUACGAAUUCGGGCAAAUUUCGUUUGGUCCACUUCGUCAGCUUUGCCCUUGUGGCGAUCGCAAUGGGGAUGUUUACCCUGCUUAACCACAACACACCCUUAACUUUGACUACCAUUUUGGGAAUAAUGGCCGGCGUCAGUGUUGGUCUUCCAAACGCCUCUAUCUUGUUGGUGGCCCAAGCCGCUCUGCCAAACCCGCUAGAAGCGGCAAGCACCAGGGCCUUCGCCUUGAUUAGAGGCAUAGCAACAGUCUUCGCCAUCACAAUCCCGGCAGCAAUCUUCAACAUCCGAAUCGAGGAAUCGCUUCUUGUAUCGGGUUUGGACAGCAGCAUUAAGGAGAGUCUGCGGUUCGGCAAGGCUUAUCAGCAAGCUUCGUCAAACAUCUUCAAUACCCUCCCAACUGCGACUCAGGACCAUAUAGUCGGCCUGUACGAGCUGAGUUUGAAGCUUGUUUGGCAGGCGCUUAUUGGGGUGGCCGCUAUAGGUGUCGCUGCGUCUCUGAUAGAGAAGGACUUGGAAUGUUACGCGGAAGAAACACCAGAGGAGCCUGGGUUGGAUGAAGGUCGGGGGAGACUAUCUGUGAAGACCGAGGUUUAG